AUGGGUGUCUUCCGCUCCCGAGACAGCAGCGACUUUCGCAUAUCCGGGGUAUCCCCUCAUCGCUCUCCCUUGGAGGACGACCUAGACUCGAACAGAACAGAGAUCCCGGUUGAACAUGCCAAUCAUGGUAGCCCGCCCCGGUCCUCCGGCCUAGAUUCACUGGUAUCUGGCGGUACCAGCUUCCGAACCCCAAGUCGGUCUUUUUUCCACCGGUCAUUCCAUACUCCAGCAGACACGGCGCACUAUUCAACCCAUGGCCUCAGGGAGCAGACAGCCGAACUGGCUUCCUUUGCAUUGUCGCAUGAAUCGAAUACUCUUCCCCCUUCCUUGGAUAUCUUUCAAUCCUCCCAAAGCCCGAACCGCCCAUCUUCUCCAUCUAUCAGUUUCGCAGCGCAAGGAAGGACAAAUAUAGAACCCGGUCCUUCCUCCGUCCUCAGCACCGGUUCGUCGGUCCUGACACAGCUAAUGCGCAAACCCGACGCCCCCGAAGCUGAUCGAGACAACCGGGACAGAGCCUCCGACUGGGAUGAGUUUAGCGAGAGUGCAGUGUCCGAAGAUCAUACCCUAGGAGUUGCAGCGGGGGGUGCGUCUGCUACUGAACAGACCUCCUUGUUGCCCAAGACAGUACAAGCAGGACCUUUUCAAAAUUAUGGAGGGACUGGCGACGUCGAAAGUCAAGGCAUUUCCGGGAAUACUAAAACAGACGCGCUUCCUGGAGCUGUUCACAAGCUUAGGAUGUGUUUCUGUACGCUAUCGAACCCGAAGUCGUGGGACGGACAGACUGUAUGGCGAGAUGGGAUUGUCUAUCCGCUCAGCUUUCUGCCGUCGGUAUUCCUUGGCCUUCUGCUCAAUAUCCUUGACGCUCUUUCAUACGGCAUGAUCCUUUUCCCGCUGAGCGAGCCGGUCUUUGCUGAUCUGGGCUCGGACGGUAUCUCAAUGUUCUACGUCAGUACCAUCAUUUCACAGUUGGUCUUCUCUUGUGGAGGCUCCAUUUUCAAAGGAGGAAUUGGGAGUGAGAUGAUCGAGGUUGUCCCGUUCUUUCACCAAAUGGCCUUCACCAUUCUCACUCGGGUUGGUCAAGACAACCCGCAAGCUGUGUUGGCCACGACUAUUCUCUCCUUCUCGGUCAGCUCGGUUCUUACAGGCUUGGUGUUCUUCUUAAUGGGAACCUGUAAGCUCGGUGCUCUGAUUGGCUUCUUCCCACGUCACAUCUUGAUUGGAUGCAUCGGUGGUGUAGGAUUUUUCCUGUUGCUCACGGGUGUUGAAGUGUCUGCUCGAUUACCAGGCCCCUUCGAUUUCACCUUGGGAACAUUCGAAAAGCUUAUGCAGCUAGACACGAUAUUUCUGUGGACGACCCCAUUGUUGCUUGCGGUUGGCCUUCUGGUUUUGAAGCGUUUCUUGCGUUCCAAUUUCUUGGUUGGUGGAUAUUUCAUCGGCGUGGCAAUUGUAUUCUAUAUUGUGAAAUUCAGUGCCAGAGUACCUAUGGAUACAUUGCGCGGCAAAGGGUGGGUGUUUGAUGCUCCAUCUUCGUCAAAUCCGUGGUACCACUUUUAUACUCUCUAUGACUUCUCUGCUGUUGAUUGGUCUGCAUUUCUUGACACGAUACCUGCCAUGUUUGCACUCACAUUCUUCGGAGUACUUCACGUACCCAUCAAUGUUCCCGCUUUAGGAAUCUCUACCGGCGAAGAUAAUCUCAAUGUCGACCGUGAACUCAUUGCUCACGGUGUCACCAAUGCCUUGUCUGGCUUUGCUGGAAGUAUUCAGAACUACCUCGUAUAUACAAACAGUCUUUUGUUCAUUGACAGCGGCGGCAACUCUCGUGUGGCAGGAGUCAUGCUUGCAGCUGCUACUGCAGGGAUCAUGGUUAUCGGUCCAGUUAUUGUCGGAUUCAUUCCAGUAAUGGUUGUAGGAGCGCUCAUAUUUCUGUUGGGCAUCGAACUGAUGCAGGAGGCUUUGGUUGAUACGUGGGGCAAAUUGCAUCGACACGAAUAUCUGACGGUUGUGAUAAUCGUUGCGACCAUGGGUGCUUGGGACUUCGUGGUGGGUAUCUUUGUGGGGAUCAUCCUCGCAUGCCUAAGCUUCGUCGUCCAAACUUCACGCAAAUCCGCCAUUCGCGCCACCUUUUCUGGCAGAUUUACCGGCUCAACAGUCAGGCGGCCGCCCAUUCAGCAAAGCUUCCUGAAGGAAGCAGGACAGCAGUCACUGAUCAUCAAGCUUGGUGGAUAUCUGUUCUUUGGGACCAUCGUGAGUGUGGAAAACACCAUGAGGGGACUUAUUGAGGAGGAAGCAUUCAACAAACGCCCUAUCCGCUUUCUGAUUCUGGACUUCUCCCGCGUUUAUGGCAUCGACUUCUCCGCAGCAGAAGCAUUCACUCGCAUCAAUCGGAUUCUGAGAAAACGAAAUGUGCAGAUGACGAUUUCGGGCCUCGAUGUAGGAGGAGACGUCGGAAAAAGCCUCCAGAACGUGGGGCUAUUCGAACCCGUAAAUGGAGUUGAGAUCUUUGAAGAUCUAAAUUCAGCGCUCGAGUUCUGUGAGAAUGACUACCUGAAGGUCUUCUAUAGCCACAGGGAAGCCUUGUUAAACGGCAAGAACAAGUCGUCAGCCUUCCUCGAAGUUCCUACGCCUCAAGGUCAGUCUCAUCUUGGCGAUGCGGUGGUGAGUUCACCUCGUCAGCAAUACUUGCAGCAAGCCGCUAGAACGACUCUCCAUGAGAACGAAAUGGCGGUUGUCCAACCAGCUGCAUGGUCCGCAAUGCGUCAACCCCUGCCGCUCCUUCUUCAGACAUUCCAGGGCUUGACGUCUCGCAACGAAGAUUUUUGGUUCAAGGCUUGCACGUAUUUUGUCCGCGAGAGCUACGCAGCUGGCACCGUGCUGUAUCACGAAGGUGACGUCCCGAAAGGCUUCUAUCUACUGGAGUCGGGGAUGUUACGUGCAGAGUAUGAGCUGCCUCAGGGACGGUACUUUGAGAUCAUCGUAGCUGGACGGCCAUGUGGCGAGCUACCAUUCUUCAGCGAAACGCGGCGGACCGCAACAGUCAAGGCCGAACAGGACUGUGUGAGCUGGUGCCUGACUGCGGAGAAAUGGCAAAACAUGCGCGAGCGUGAGCCAGAGAUUGCGCGAGAGUUGCUAACCGUUAGUCUCAAGCUGACGACGGAGCGGAUGGACAGUAUUACUUCGUAAGUGACGCCCAUUUUACUGCAAACGAUCUGUACUGACCUAUUUCAGGUAUGUUCUCACGACGGCAGCUUGAUCCAAUCAUGCCGUCCUGUAUUUUGAAAACCCACAUAUAAUCUGUAUCGCAUCUUGGGGUGGACAUCUGUUGCAUAUGUAAUGACCUAAUGUGGAAUGCUUUUGAAUAUUAUUCUUUAUUACAUAUUCAGAAAUGAGGGUGUAGUAUAC